AUGGCCCUUCCCUCAAUAUCCUCCGUUCCGUCUCUCUCCACAGAUCGCCGAGCCCAAAUCUUGGACACCCUCUUUGAACCAUGUACCCAAUUGCAUACUCUAUCGGUCUCCACUCUCCAUGGCACCACCUACUCAGACUACGCUGCACUCAUCUCAUCGAUUGGAGACCAGCUGAAAUCUCUGCUAAACUCCUUGUCAACGAGCGACACCGAGUGGCUUGAUGCCAUUCUGGCAGCUCAUCCACGAUUAGGAGAGAAGAAAGUCGACAGCGAACUCAGUCGGCAGGAGCAGGCGCAGCUGCAAAAUGGUAAAGGGGAGAAAGGGGAAGCGGAGGGAUUAGCAGAGGUGAAUCGUCAGUAUGAAGAAAGAUUUAAUGGGCUAAGAUAUGUAGUAUUUGUCAAUGGCCGAAGUAGGCAUCUCAUUAUGGAAGACAUGAGACAAAGAAUCAAGCGAGGCAAUCUCGAGCAAGAGAAGUUGGAUGCGAUCAAGGCCAUUUGCGAUAUCGCUCUGGACCGAGUUAACAGGUUAGGCGAAGAGCCCGAGGCUUGA